AUGCUCGCGUGCCUUUUUCGGCUUAUCUCAGGCCUAGAUACCUGCUUUCUGCCGCUUACUGCGCUAUUCCUCAGCUGGUGGCUUACCUUUCCCACGCGGCUACAAUCUUCCACAGUGCAGCACACGCCACAACGCUGGGCAUUUGCCGACACGUUCAGGCUGGAUCUAGGUUGCCGUCUGAGGAAACAUCACUGCGUGGCGGUAUCGAAUGCCCAAAGUCUCGCCCUACGCGAGACGCAGACUUUGCAACGCUUCGAUUAUCGUCAAAGACCAGUUGAUGGGAUGCUGAGUCGUGAAGGCCGUGGCGUUCGGGGUUUUAGGGUGGGAGUUUCACAGUCCAUCUACUUACAGCCUGACAAACUGCUGGCGGGUGUCAAAGUGACAGUCGACAUGCGACUCGUGGCUCUCACGCGAACAUGA